AUGAGCUGUUCUGGAGUUCGGCAGUCUGUCAGAGAUCAGCUGUGCUGCUCUGCUCUCAGCUCUGAAGUCCAACCCCUCCCAUCUGAGAGAGCUGGACCUAGUCAGAACAAUCUGCAGGAUUCAGGAGUGGAGCUGCUGAGAGGUCUUCUGGAGAGUCCUCUCUGCAGACUGCAGACUCUCAGACUGAAGGGCUGCAGGCUUUCAGAGAUCAGCUGUGCUGCUCUGCUCUCAGCUCUGAAGUCCAACCCCUCCCAUCUGAGAGAGCUGGACCUGAGUCACAACGCUCUGAAGGAUUCAGGAGUGGAGCUGCUGAGAGAUCUUCUGGAGAGUCCACUCUGCAGACUGCAGACUCUCAGACUGAAGGACUGCAGUCUGUCAAAGAUCAGCUGUGCUGCUCUGGCCUCAGCUCUGAAGUCCAACCCCUCCCAUCUGAGAGAGCUGGACCUGAGUUUCAACGCUCUGAAGGAUUCAGGAGUGGAGCUGCUGAGAGAUCUUCUGGAGAGUCCACUCUGCAGACUGCAGACUCUCAGAAUAAAGGAGCUUAACCAGGAGGACGCCAUAUCUGUGGUGCGAGAGAAGGACGGAGUUCAACUGCCAGCCGUCUGCAGUGCUUCAGAGCACAGGAGGGAGGUUUAAGAGGAAGGAACUGUGCAGAAAGAGGCCCUCACACUCUGAGAGGACAGGCCGAAAGACUGGAGGAAGUGUGAAAACUAGUUUCAAGUUUACAUGUCAGAAUCAAAACAGAGACGUUCGUGUGAUUCGUUUGGAACUGCAGUUAGAGUAGGUUUUGGGGGGUUUUGGGGGGUAUAUGGGCCAUUCUACCGAAGUCCCUCAACAAGAAAAAUAAUUUAACAAAACAAUUAAGUCUUCAGACAAAGAUAUGUACUAAGAACAUGUUAUGGUAUAUUAAUCCCAAGGCAUUAAAUGAGAUAGUGAUAAGCUAAAUAUAUACAAUCACCAUUUAUAGGGUACUUUAUAUUGGGAGGUUGCUGUCCCCAACCCUGACCUCUAAAUUUCCAUUUCUGUAAAUAACACUUAAAACCAUUUGAAGAUUUUCUUCAGUGGUGUGAUUACAAAUAUCUUUAGGAUUACGUUUAAACAGAAGUUGAAAUAUUUAGAAUUAUUGUGAGUUUAAUCUUUAAAUUAAAAAACUAUACUCAAAAAAUCAUGUCCCCAGUUUUCAUGUCACUACCGAAACACAAGAGUUUUAGUCCAUUGGCUGAGUCUGGUUUUUAGCCACACCCCCUGCAUUUUGGAUUGGGAAGUGGUACAGCAUCUCAGACCUUCAUGGCUGAAUGGUCAGUAGCAGAAUCCCAUACUUUUUAUAUAAAUGUGUUCCAAAGUCUGAAAAUCGGCGUGUAACCGUAAGAAUUGUCACUACCAAACACAUAUUCUCUUCAACUAAGAGAACUUUUUGGGGUUUUAUGCAAAAUAUGUUUUUAUGAGUGCACCCCUCUUCAAAGACAUGUAUGCUAGCCAUGUGCUUGCUAGCAUUCUUUAGUUAUGCUCAAAGUUAGCUAGAAUUGUCACUACCGAAACAUAUGGUAAAGUUUCGGUAGUGACAUGAUCAUUUUGGUAGUGACAAAAUUGAAUGGUAAGAAGUAGUUCAAUCCCAUCAUUUUCAAAUAAAUGUGUUGUGUGGACUAAAUGGUAAA